CGCGCGCAACGAAAACGAAAUACAAAAAAAAGAGCUCAUAGUUGUCUCCGCACCACGCGAUACCCCUCCCUCUCUACCCCCUUCACGAGAAAGCGAGAAACUCUCUCUCUCUCUCUCUCUCUCUCUCUCUCUCUCUCUCUCCAUUCCCAUCCAUUCCCCCUUUCCCCUUUCCCCUCCACCUCUUCGAUCCGAUCGAGCGAUCGCGGCUCUAGGGUUUGCAAAUCGGAGGAGAUGAUCCCCGAUCUGUGAACGCGCGAUCGAUCGAUUUGGCGUUGCGGUGUGGAGAUUCGAGCGAAUGGAGAGGAAGAAGUACCCGAUCCGGGCGGAGGAUUACGAGCUCUACGAGAUCGUCGGGCAGGGGGUGAGCGCGUCCGUUUAUCGGGCCCGCUGCGUCCCCCUCAAUGAGAUCGUCGCGAUCAAGAUCCUCGACUUCGAGCGGGAUAGUAGCGAUCUGGGAAACAUCACCCGUGAAGCACAAACUAUGAUCUUGAUUGACCAUCCUAAUGUUCUGAAAGCACAUUGUUCCUUUGUAAAUGACCAUAACUUAUGGGUUGUCAUGCCUUACAUGGCUGGAGGAUCUUGUCUUCACAUAAUGAAAUCAGCCUAUCCUAAUGGUUUUGAGGAAGUUGUGAUUGCAACUGUGCUGCGUGAAGUCUUAAAGGGCUUGGAAUAUCUUCAUCAACAGGGUCAUAUACAUCGCGAUGUAAAGGCUGGAAAUAUCCUAGUUGAUGUACGAGGUGGAAUUAAGCUUGGAGAUUUUGGGGUCUCUGCUUGCCUUUUUGAUUCUGGUGAUAGACAGCGCACCAGGAAUACAUUUGUUGGGACACCUUGCUGGAUGGCACCAGAGGUGAUGGAGCAGCUACAUGGCUAUGAUUUCAAGGCAGACAUAUGGUCGUUUGGCAUCACUGCCUUAGAACUUGCUCAUGGUCAUGCUCCUUUCUCCAAAUAUCCUCCAAUGAAGGUCUUGCUUAUGACCUUGCAAAAUGCUCCGCCUGGCCUUGACUACGAAAGGGACAGGAAAUUCUCACGGUUUUUUAGGCAAAUGAUCGGUAUGUGCUUGGUGAAAGAUCCUUCGAAAAGGCCUUCUGCAAAAAAGCUCUUAAAGCAUCCUUUCUUCAAGCAAGCUCGGUCUCAAGAAUUCCUAAAUCGAAAAAUUUUGGAGGGAUUGCCCACUCUUGGUGAUCGUUAUCAGGCUUUAAAGGAAAAAGAAGAAGACUUGCUUGCACAGAAGAAAAUGCCAGAUGGAGAAAAGGAAGAGAUAUCACAGAAUGAGUACAAAAGAGGAAUCAGCAGUUGGAACUUUGACAUUGAGGACUUGAAGGCUCAAGCUUCACUGCUUCCAGAUAAUGAGGAUAAUAUUCCAAUUAAAGAUCCUGAAGGGUGCGCAAGUUCUUUGUUUGAGAUCGAUGCAUCACAUGAAAGGAACCAAGAAAGCUCGCCGUUUGCCGCCAGUUGCUCAUUGAAAUACGAAAUGGAGUCGGAAAAUGAUGAUGUAAUGGCCCGAAACAAAUUCACUCCCAUUUCAUCACCCGAUCAAACUAGUUCUCAGAGCACUAAAUCUGAUGCAUCUGAUAGCGAGUUUAAGACUAAUGGUACAGCUGGUCAGCAUGAUAUUAUAUCAAAUGGAAAUUGCAGAGAAAAUUGUGUUGCUGAAAGUUAUGAAUCAGUGAGUGAUGAAAAAAAUGCUGUGAGUGUUCCGGCUAAUUCUUUUCAUGAAAGGAGGUUUUCUACAAGUUCUUUCUCCUCAGAUAUUUCUUCUUUAUCAAAACUGCCAAGUUUGAAACACCAACAUAGCAUGCGUGGCAUAGAGAAAGGCAACGGAGUGCCAUCCAAUGUAGUAGAUGAAGAAUCUACUGAAGGAAUACUUAAAAUAUCCAAACCAGCAGCAUCGAAUGCUGAUGAUAGUGAUGAUAAAUCAAAACCUCCAGUUGUACAGCAGAAGGGUCGUUUUAAAGUGACCUCUGAGAAUAUUGACCUAGAUAAGGCUCUUCCAUCUAUUGGCAUCCCAAAGAGCCACAGCAUGCAGGUGAUUUCUCAGCUUCCGACAAUAAGCAUCCCUUCAACAGCUGGUUAUACAUCAAGCCUUCUUGGUUAUUCUAUUUUCCCACAGCUGCAAGGUAUUUUGCAAGCAAAUAUGCUCCAAAGGGACAAUAUUCUUAGUUUGAUGAAGCAGUUGAGCAUUAGUGAGCAAUCACCUGUUUCUGCAUCUUCAUCGAGUCGUUCCCCUGAGGGAGUAUUACCAUCAGUUCCUGCCAUUAUAACUGAAAAGUCUGCCAUUAUAACUGAAAAGUCUUUGUUAGAAGCAGCACAAGAAAGAGAGAAGGAACUGAUACAAGAAGUCACUGAUCUGCAGUGGAGGCUGAUAUGCGCGCAGGAUGAACUACAGAGGCUUAGAGCCAGGAAUCAGUUUUGAUGCAGAUACAGCUUACUGUGCAUGAUGAUAUGAAGACAUCAAAAUGUUACACUGUCCCAGCUAUGCCGGAACUUAAAUGGUUAAAGAAAAGAAACAUUAUGGAGAUGGUGAAGCAUUUAGAGCCUUCAUUACUAAAAAAACAAGAGUUUAAGAUCAGAGCUUAGAAAAAUAUCAUGUACUGAAAUACUAACUUGGACAAAAUAAAAAUUGCUAGGGUAGGCCUGUUCAUGCUAAUGAGGACUAAUGGUAGUAGCUUGCUUGAGCCCUCAGAGUAUUCGAAUCUGUGGGUGUAAUAAUGAAUUUGAAUUGCCUCUACAUAUGCGAAUUUGUGGAUGUAAUAAUGUACACGACGUGCCUGGUUUUUUAAGUUGUCAAAAUGUUUGGAGUCUUUUAUUGUGGUAAGAAUUUAGAAUGAGCUUUUUGAACCUUUAAA